ACUCUACUUUUCGCACCAGCGGACGUACCGUUAAAUCGAACCGCCAAACACUAUCGAUAAUGCCGCAUUCCAAGCUGCACCUGUGGGCGGUGGUUGGGUUCCUCCACCUGCUGACCUUUGCCACCAGCGCCGAGGAUCAGCUGAAAAACAACACGAUAGUGGUGCAAACUCCACUCCAGAACUACGAACAGCCAACUCUACGGGACUACGAAGAGUGCCAGCAAAACAGAGAUAAUUGUAUAAAUGUUUGCGACUACAAUAAGACCUGCGAGGAUGAGUGCCCUGUUUGUCCGGAACUCUACGAUAAGCCCCUGAUGGUUCAGGGUAUUAACGAUACAGAUAUAGUGGCACCUCCACAAGCCCCCAUUAAUACCACCAACAUUAUUCGCCUCACCAAUGAGAUCAACAACAUAAUCGAACACCAAAUCCAGAAUCGAAAUGAGGUCAAUGUGAAGGUGAAUCAGAAUGUCUCCCAGGUGGGAGGACGCUUUGGAUUAGGCUACAAUGACCAGGGAUCCUGUUGCUAUGUGGUGCGAUUGGAUCGGGAAUGUGAGCAAGAAGGUGGUCGUGAUUGCCGGGAGAAAAGCCGCCUACGGGUUUGUGGCGAAAGAUGUCAGGCCAGAGUGAUGUUGGCCAAGAGAGUGGUCCAAUGUGAUGACGAAGAUUCGGACCAGUGCCACGAGACCAUCGAAUAUGUGCCAAGGAGGAGGAGAUCCCACUCCAGGAAGUCCAAACAAACCACACAGUGUCAAUACCUUGGCAACAAUUGGCCAUAUUUCUCCUGUGGCCGAAAUCCAGGACAAAAUGGAGCUUUGGUUCAGCCACCAAGGGUAAAACGCUCCACUUGCCAGCAGUGUCUCAACUAUCCCUAUGGAUACAUUCUGCAAAAUGGUCUGCCCACAGAAUGUGCAGGUUGUUUCCAGGGAUUUGGAGCUCCCAUGAUGCCCAUGUAUAAUUCUCCUUACUUGUACAACCCAUUCAUGUCAUAUCCACCGUAUGGCAACUUCCCAGGCUUCAACAACAACGGAAAUAAUAAUGAAAAUAUUUAUGGAAGUAACAAUGGAAAUAAUAAUGAAAAUAUCAAGGUAGAUAGCAACAUCGCAGGUUCUGGAGACGAUGGGUGGAUCUUAUGUAACGAUAUUAACAUAGAAAACUGCCUAAAUGAAAUGAAUGCCAAGGAUUCACAACAAGGGCCACCUGCUCAUCUGGAAAAGCCAUCGGAAGACGAUAGGGAUUCAGAUGAUUACAACGUUGAAAUAAUGAGGAGAAGACGCCGCCAAAGCCGCCGCAACUUUGUUCGAUCCGCUUACAGUAAACGCAAUAGCGAAAACUACUGAUCUGUUCUAAAUAUAACUUAAAACUCUUGAGAUUUUCCGCAAACCUUUUGCCUCAAUAUCUAAUAGUAUUUUUGGUCAGCCAAAACAUAGAAUACUUUAUAAAACUACUGCUGAACUCGCCAUUUGUAUAUAAUAUUUUACCGAAUAAAGAAUAAUUUCAAU